AUGAUGUACUCCGCUUUCAACACGGAUUGUGACUCCUCUUCCCGGUGCAGUACCGCUUCUCCAGCUUGCGACAACCUGGCUUACUACAACUCUCCUGCGGGAUCUUACUCCACUAUAGGCUCUCCCCAAUCUCACGUACGUUGAACGAUCAAUUAUGGCAUAUUGCCGCCUUAGUUACAAUGUCAUUGAUAACUGUAAUAUUAGUCAGUACUUGACUAGUGCAGGAGCUCACCAGAGCCGAGUACUGGCACCUCUAAUGUUUGAGCUCAACGCUAGCUCCUCUACUUCUUUAUAGAAUAUUAGCUCAAAAGUAUUGUGGCGCUCCUGUAGUUAAAUUAUAAACAGUACCGGCACCCAAAUGAGUACCAACACCUAUUUCAGUGCAAGUCAAGCACUGAUACUAUAGUGUAGUAACAUUGCAGUAAUAGUACUGUAGUUUUAUUUGCUAAACUAUAACAUGUUAUAGGCUAUAACAUGUGAAUGAAGUCUCCUUAUAGUGGCCUAGAUGUUAAAGCUGUAAAGCGUCAGACUCGGUUCUGCUCUGCAACACUGACUACACGCUCCUGUAGUUCAUUCAUUUAGCAAGCAGCGAGGAAACUCCAGAGAAGUUCUGCGUCAUAGCUUACAUCAGGAAGGAUAUUUCCAAACCUUGUGGCUUUCAACAGACCGACCAACUGGCUUCAUUCAUAUGCAUGAAGUAUGAAAAUGUAUGUACUCACUAACUUUAAGUCGCUCUGGAUAAGAGCGUCUGCUAAAAUGUAAAUGUAAUUAAGGAAAUGAUGCAUUGCUUCAGCAGCAUCACCCACCCACCCUCCCUCCCUAGUACCCUACCCUUUCUGGAUAUAAAUGCUCCUGUACUGACCGAGUUCUCUCCUCAUUCUCUAACAGGACUUCACAGACCUGACUUCACUGUCCAGUGGCUCCUUCAUCCCUACUGUCACAGCCAUCUCUGCCAGCCCAGACCUUCAGUGGAUGGACCAGCCGCUCGUAUCCUCCGUGGCCCCUUCUCACGGAGUCCAUCCCUACAGCGCCUGCCCCCCAACCUACACUAGCGCCAUGAGGAACAAGGGCCACCGCUCUGUGCGCAGAGGCAAAAUGGAACGGGUAAAUAUCUCUACUGAUCUUAGCGCUGGUCUAGAACCACUGUAUAAUGAUUAAUUUACGACACUUUGGUUUUGAAUAUGGCGUACAGUGCAUGUUGGAUUUAAUGAUGACAUUGCAUUCAAUCAAAGAGUACGGGGGACUUCAUUUUUCUUCUGUUUUUUGUUUCUUCUAUAGCUUUCUCCUGAGGAGGAGGAGAAGAAGAGAGUCCGUAGAGAGAGGAACAAGCAAGCAGCAGCUAAAUGCCGCAACCGGAGGAGGGAGCUCACUGACACUCUGCAGGGUGAAACUGACGAGCUGGAGGAUGAGAAGUCUGCUCUCCAGAACGACAUCGCCAACCUGCUCAAAGAGAAGGAGAAGUUAGAGUUUAUCCUUGCAGCCCACCAGCCCAUCUGCAAGAUCCCCUCUGAUAUGGACAAUGCUUUCCCCUCCAUCUCCCCCUCCCUCGGGGUCUCCAUUCAGCUGUCCCCACCCCAGCCUCAGAGCAUGGUCUCCAGCUCCGUCUGCUCUGCAACUCCCCUCACCUCCAUCCCGUCGACCGCCAGCUCCAUCCUCUCCACCUCAGUCUCAAUCUUCUCCUGCAGCCCCCUCCUGUCCACCGCCUCAGUCUCCGACGUCAAGAUGGCCGACCUGGACACAGCCUGCCUGGAGGAGUCUGUUUCUCUCCUCGCCAAGACUGAGAUGGAGACGGCCCGGUCGGUGCCCGAGGUCGAUCUGACAAGCUCCCUGUACGCCCAGGACUGGGAGCCCCUCUACAGCACAGCCAAUAAUGACUUUGAGUCCCUGUGCACCCCCGUGGUCACCUGCACCACGCACACGUCUUCCUUCACCUAUCCAGAGGCAGAGGCGUUCCCUACCUGUGGCGUGGCCCACCGGAGAGGCAGCAGCGGCGGCAACGAC